GUGGCGAGAGCAAAUGACAUCUGUAGCUACGGUGUUUUCAUUAUCUAAAACCAAUCCGUUGAAUGCCUUGGCUCUCAGCUACAUUUGCUGAAUUAAUUAAAAAGAAAAACCAAUUAACCCCGAAAAGAAGAAGAAAAAAAAAGUUCAAUCUCUGCAAAUUCCCCCAUCUUUGAUCUUUGCUUUCCUCAAUGGCAGCUUUUCGACCAGCGGUUGCCCUUUCAAUUUUGUAUUGCCUGCUCGGCCCCUUUUCUUCAGCUUCCAAAAAUAUCCUUCCUUCCGAUUCAAAUAAAGUCUCCUUGGCUUUAUUCUACGAAUCCCUGUGCCCCUACAGUGCCAAUUUCAUAGUCAAUUACCUACCUAAGCUCUUCCAAGAUGAUCUGAUCUCGAUCGUCGAUCUCCGCCUCGUUCCUUGGGGAAACGCCCGGCUCAAAGGCAACGACACCUUUGAUUGCCAGCAUGGCCCUGCUGAAUGCUUGUUGAACACCGUGGAAGCUUGUGCAAUUAAUGCCUGGCCACAACUGAAUGACCAUUUCCCCUUUAUCUAUUGCGUUGAGGCUUUGGUAUUUGAGCGCAAGUACCUUGAGUGGGAAUCGUGCUUUGAGAAGUUAGGGUUGGAUUCAAAGCCUAUUACCGAUUGCUAUGGCAGUGGCCUUGGGAAAGAGCUUGACCUACAAUAUGCAGCCGAAACUAAUGCCCUCAAACCUCCUCAUACAUAUGUGCCUUGGGUUGUUGUUGAUGGUCAGCCACUUUAUGAGGACUAUGAAAACUAUAUAAGCUAUGUGUGCAAGGCUUAUAAAGGUGCUGCUCUGCCCAAGGCUUGCAGUGGACUAUCCAACAAUCAAAUCUAUGAGAAAAAAUUUAUCCAUCCAGUUUGCUAUAAGGAGAUACCAGUACUAACAUUAUCAUCAAGAACCAUAUCAACUGUGAUGUCAUGGAUAAAGAAGAUGGCAACUUCUAUGUAAUUGUUUUCAGUCUUAUACAUGCAUAAAUGUCCUGGUAUACUAUGUUAUUUGGUUGGAUUCUAGUUAGCUUGUUAAUAUGUAUAUAAUAUAGUCAGUGCAUUGUGUAGCACUAGGACUGAAAUGCAUGUAAUUUGAAUCAGAAUAUAGACUUUGAUAACUACUUGUCAAGACAAA